AUGUCGCUCAUUCUGAGUAUUUCGUCGCUCCUGUUAGCAUCGACCUUGGUGUCUGCCGAUGCCACGACUUACGAUGUUAACUCUAUUUGCACCUGUGACCAAAUGAUGCGUUACUACCAGACCUCCAUCGCAGGACUCUGGGGAACCACCUACUGGGGCUCUGCAAUCCUGAUGGCGUCGCUGGCAGAUAUCUCCUCGCUCGACCCCAGCUACAAUAACACUUAUUUCAGUGCCUAUGCGACGACGUAUAGCGACGCCCCUGCCACUGUGGGAAGUGGUUUCAUUGACGGCUAUUACGACGACGAGGGCUGGUGGGCAAAUGCCUGGCUCACUGUCUAUGACUUGACCCAGGACCCGGACUAUCUGAACAUGGCGAUUAGCCUCUACAACGACAUCGCUGGUGGAUACAACACCCCAUGUGGCGGGCUUUACUGGUCAAAGGAUGACACUUAUAUUGCAUCUAUUUCAAAUGAACUUUACAUUACCCUUGCAGCGAGUCUGGCGAAUCGUGUGUCUUCCGAUCAAGCACAAGGCUACCUUGACGCAGCAACGGCAGGCUGGGACUGGUUCUUCAACAUCGGAGUUGUCGGUGAAGACUGGCUUGUGGUCGAUGGAGUCAACGUAAGCACUUGCUUACCAGUUGGCAUUCAGUACUCGUACAACCAAGGAGUCAUUCUCAGCGCUGCCGUCGAGCUAUACCAAGCAACAGGAAACGAGACGUAUCUGGAGUACGCGGGAAAUAUUGCCAACGCAACAACCGCAAUCAACUCGACUCUCACCGGCGCCAACGGAGUCAUCGUCGAUUGCCACAAUGGGCCCUGCGACACCACGGGAGCCAUGUUUAAGGGAUCCUUUUUCCGCGGCCUGCGUCAGCUGCAACUCGCCUAUCCUCAUGACAAUUGGGUCAAUUAUAUCGAGACCAAUGCUCAAUCGCUUUGGAACAAUGCGUUGAACGACACUGAUGGCCAGUGCAAUACAGGUGCAGAUUUCUCUGGGCCGAUGUCGGCUGUCAAUGAAGUCACACAGGGUGCUGCGCUCGACUGCCUUGUUGCUGCAUGGGCGGUUACAUCAACCUAG